AUGGUGUUGUCAAUGAUGCUGUGCUUUAUUCUUGGCUGCUCCUUGGCAAACACUGAAGACACACUUGCUGGAUCUCAGUUAUGUACUUUCAAUGGAUCCACUCGCUCUUUCUUCUGUGUGGGCAACAAGGUGCAUGAGAUGCCAAGAAGAAUACCCACAAAUACCACGUUUGUGGAGAUCAAACUGACUCAGAUCAGCGUGUUUCGCCGAGCAGCCUUGUCUGAACUACACGAGCUGAAGAGAAUAGUGGUGUCCGAGAACGGGGCUCUCGAGCGAAUCGAAGCCUUUGCCUUCUUUAACCUGACAGAACUGGAGGAAAUAACUAUAACAAAAUCCAAAAAUCUUGUGAUGCAUAAAGAUGCCUUCUGGAGACUUCCAAAGCUGCGAUAUCUGAUUAUCUCAAAUACUGGUCUUAAAAUCCUGCCGGAUUUCUCCAAGAUCAACUCUGCUGCUCUUGAAUUUCUAUUUGAUCUACAAGAUAACAUGCACAUAGAGAGGAUUCCCAGUAAUGCUUUUCUCGGAUUGACCAACGCCACCAUAACUGAGCUGAGAUUAACGAAGAACGGGAUUCGUGAGAUAGACAGCCAUGCAUUCAAUGGUACCAAAAUUGGAAAACUCUUUCUCAUGGGAAACCAGCAGCUGAAUCACAUCCACAGUUACGCCUUUAAAGGAGCCGAAGGCCCCGUCGUUCUGGAUAUCUCUCGAACUGCUGUUCACACUCUGCCGGAAAGCAUGCUGAAGACUCUUAAGCUUCUGAUGGCCGUUUCGGUCUACUCUCUGAGGAAACUUCCCAGCCUGGAGCUGUUUACUGAGCUCGCGCAGGCUAACCUGACCUUCCCCAGCCACUGCUGCGCCUUCAAAAACUUCAAGAAGCACAAGUCUGUAAAGCAUCACAUGUGCAACAUGACCGGAGCUCACGAGGAGCCUGAUUUUUCCAAUUUUUUCAACGACCACUGUAAGGACGUAAAAGAAGUGACCUGCUACCCCACCCCAGACGUAUUCAACCCUUGCGAGGACAUCAUGGGCUUCACAUUCUUGCGUGUUCUGAUCUGGUUCAUCAGCGUGCUGGCCAUAGUAGGCAAUACCGUGGUCCUCUUGGUGCUCCUCACCAGCCGCUACAAACUAACCGUUCCUAGGUUUCUAAUGUGCCACUUGGCUUUUGCUGACCUUUGCAUGGGAAUCUACCUGUUGCUCAUCGCUGCAGUAGACAUUCACACACAGUCGCGCUACUAUAACUUUGGCAUUGACUGGCAAACAGGAGCAGGCUGCCAUGUGGCGGGAUUCUUCACCAUCUUCUCCAGCGAGCUCUCCGUCUAUACUCUGACCGCCAUUACCCUGGAGCGCUGGCACACCAUCACUUACGCCAUGCAGCUCGAGCGCCAAAUGCGUUUACGCCAUGCUUGCCUAGUGAUGGCAACAGGCUGGCUUUUCUCCCUCCUCACUGCUUUGAUGCCCAUGUUUGGAGUCAGCAGCUACAGCAAGACCAGCAUCUGCCUGCCAAUGGAUGUAGAAACGUUGCUUUCACAAGGUUACGUGGUGCUAUUGCUUCUACUCAACGCUGCCGCAUUUUUGGUUGUGUGUGUCUGCUACACGCUCAUCUACUUGACCGUCCGCAAUCCCGCUUUUGUUCCUGCCAAUGCAGACAUGCGUAUCGCCAAGCGCAUGGCCGUGCUCAUCUUCACCGACUUCUUGUGCAUGGCGCCCAUCUCUUUUUUCGCCAUUUCUGCGGCAUUUAAACUACCGCUGAUAACCGUUUCGCACGCCAAAGUCCUACUGGUGUUAUUUUACCCCAUCAAUUCCUGCUCAAACCCAUUCCUCUACGCCUUCUUCACUAAAACCUUCAAGAGGGAUUUCUUCAUUCUGACUAGCCGAUUCGGAUGCUUUAAAAGGCGUGCGCAUAUCUACCGCACUGAGAUUUCUUCAGGCCAAAAUGGAGCCGUGGUGCCUUCACCGAAGACUAGUGAUGGGACGCUGUACUCCCUGGUGCACAUCGCCCAAGUGCACUGA